GAUCUUGAAAUUUGGCGCCAAAAUUUUGUAACCGCGGCGGAGUGCUUGCUUCGAGUUUUAUUCCGGUUCCGACAACAUCCCUGGCCACAAGAACCAGCAAUGGAAGUAGACGGGAAAGAAUUUGCGCAAAGCCGCGACGCCACUUUCGAUGACCUGCCAAACGAGAUUCUGCUGACGAUUUUCGCCAAGCUGGACUUCCCUGAUCUGUUGUCCGCCUCGGUGGUGUGCACCCGGUGGAACAACGUAAUCUUCCAUUUCUUCAACCACCGGAUCGCCUUCCGGCUGCACAGCUUCUUCGUUCCGUUGCUUUCGGGCACGCGGAGUUAUCGUAACGUUCGCAUCACCGGACGGUACCUGUACUCGCCGCAGGGUCAAAACGAGAACCGGCUGGCCGCUCUCGCGGAGGACGCUUGGAAUCUGCACCUGGAACUUUCCGAGAUUCGUGGGGGCGUUCUGGCACGGCUGCUGAACAAGUUUUCGACGCUGAGAUCGCUGAGCUUGAGGAUCAUGAGGUACUGCAGCGAGAGGUCACCGCAGCUGUUCCGUCGGUUGAUUAGGGGAGUUUUGCCGGCGCUGAAGAGUUUGACGCUCGUUUGUCUCACCUUUUACUGUAUGGAAGUGUUGGCCGAAGUAGCGCCAACGUUGGAAUCGCUCAACAUCAAGUUGUUGGCUCGACACCGGCUCAAGUUGUACGAGUGCAAUUUGGCAUCACUUCGAUCGCUGACCCUCAGCAUGGACACCCGGUCGAUGAUGUAUCUGUACAAUCUGGAGGAAUUUCCGGUGGAUGAAUUUAUUACGUUCCUGUCGGGGCUGCCGAACUUGAGAGUUUUGCGUCUAAAGCUGGACCAUCCGGAAGCCUUCCUUCAUAUCUACAGUCUGCGUAACAUCGUUGAGCUGUCGCUAGGCGGACUUGAUCCAGCAGCACAGAAAUGCUCUCUGGAUGGCAUUUCGCAGAUGGUUAACCUGAAGACGCUCUCGAUCACCGCUCAGGAGUUGCUGCUGCCGUCGGUGCUUCAACCCGCCACGACGGUGACUUCGCUGACGCUGCACGACUUGGCAACGAUGGACAUCAAGAAGCUGGCUAGGGUAUUUCCCAGCCUAACCGUGUUCUGCGUGGAGACCCCACGAUCGCUGAUGCUCUCCGAGCUUAGGCAGAUCGUUGUAGCUUGGCGAGCGCUUGAAGAGCUGUCCGUGCGAAUUGAAAGGCUUUCGGAAGAAAUCUGUGAUUGUUUCCUGAAACUGUCCAAGCUGCGAAAGUUGACCUUGCAUGGUUUUCUACUGCUCCUCAAAUCUGGCCCCUUCGAAAAGAUCAUCACGAUGCCAUCGUUGAAGCGACUGUACCUGAACGAUUCGGCCUGGGGCGCGUACUUUAAUUACUUGCCAGCCGCCUGCAACCGGGCCUAUCCGUGUCAACUCUAUUUGAACGGAUUACACGUGUGAAGUUUGGAGGACGUGGUUUCUAGCUUGAGAAGUUUUUUUUUUUUAGGUUUGUUUCUUAUUUUAAUAUCAGACUGUGUCUGUGAUUUAACGUUU